AUGAUGAGUUUUCAUAUCCAGAUUAUCUUAUUAAGAGCCAAAAACAUUAAAUUCAAAGUUUUAUUAAAAUAUGAAUAUGAGAUGAAAUUUGUAAAACCCAAGCAAAAUGAAUAUUUUGGUUCAGAUUGUUUAAUGUGCUAAGAACAACCAAUUUAUUAUUGUAAGUUAUGUCCCUUAAAUGAAAGUGAAAAAUGUUUUGAUUGCCCUCAAUUGAUUUAAGUAUGUUUAUCUCGUUCAAAAAUAAAAAUUACAGUAUUUAUAUUUACAUAUUAGGCUUAUAAACAACAAAAUAUAGUCACUAAUUAAAAUGCAAUUUGCAAUGAGAAAUGCAUUAAACCUUAUGCAUAUCCAGCAACUUAUUUUGAUCCAUAUAAUUAAUUUUCUGGAUAUUGUUUUGAUAAGGAAUGUAAUGACUCUCUUUUGGUAUAAAUUCUCAUACUAAUCAUGUGA